AUGAGACAAUCACACCAGCUGCCCCUCCUGGGGUUUCUAUUGCUUUCUGUUAUUCCAAGCCAGCUAUGCGAGAUCUGUGAAGUAAGUGAAAACAACCACUUCCUUCUAAGCCCUCUGGUGAACACAAUGAUCAAUUCAACAUAUACCAGGGGAAAAGAAGCUGCCAAUGUCCUAUUGUCCUUCAGACUUGUUGGGAUCCAGAACCAAACCCAACAGCUGAUCCAACAAGUCGAAUACAGUGUGGAAAGGAAAGCCUCAGAUUUAAGCUCAGGACAGCUUGCCUUGAUUAUACUGGCUUUGGGAGCGUGUAAUAACACUGAUGAAGCCUUUAUAAAUAAUCAUCACCUGAUCAGACGUCUAGAAAAUAAAUUCCAAGCAGAAAUUAAAAAUAUGGAAACACAUGAUGGCAAUCCACUGACUGACUACUACCAGCUCAGCUUGGAUGUUUUGGCUUUGUGUCUGUUCAGUGGGAAUUACUCAACUGCCAAAGUUGCUGAACUGUUUGCUCCUGAAAAUAAAAACUAUUAUCUUGCUGGCCAGUUCUCAGUAGGUACCGGUGCAUUGUCUGUCCUGGCUCUGACCUGUGUGAAAAGGAGACUAACAAAGGAGCAGAUCAAAGACGACGAAGAGACUUUAAAGAGUAUCAAUAAUCAUACAGAGUCACUGGUAAAAAAGAUUCUGUCUGAGAAAAAAGAAAAUGGUCUCAUUGGAAAUAUAUAUAGUACAGGAGAAGCUAUGCAGGCCCUCUUUGUCUCAUCAAACUAUUACAAAAAUGAUGAAUGGGAUUGCCAACAAACUCUUAACACAGUACUCAAGGAAAUUUCUCAGGGAGCAUUCAGUAUUCCAAUUGCUGCAGCCCAGAUCUUACCUGCCUUAAUGGGAAAGACCUACCUGGAUGUUAAUGAAAACUCUUCUUGUGUCUAUUCAGGUAACUUCAGCAUCUCCACUCAGGCACCUAUAUCUGUGACAACUNCUCUCUCUUUUUUCAGCAAAACUUCUUCAAUAAGACAUGAGAUUAAUACUUUCUUCUACUACUUCAGUAUCUUCAAUAGUUAUUUGAGAAAUGCUGGGCCAGGGUUUCCUUUGAACAUUCUAAGUUCCUGUAACUCAUUUACUGUCCCCCACAGUUUCACAAUGGAGGAAAGCGAAUGGGGCCCCUAUAUCACCUCUGUUCAGGGCCUAAGGGCCAAUAGUAACGACAGAACCUACUGGGAACUUCUGAGUGGAGGCAAACCACUGAGCCAAGGUAAGGGUAAGAGAUGCCAACAUCCACAGGGUGAAAAUGCCCAAGGCAUUCAGGUGUGAGGGUGUGAACUUAUGUGGGGAAUGGACCAAGGGGCUGGGAGACACAAUAUCCAUUAUU